GCCAAAGCGUCAUGCAUGGUUGCUAGUCGGCUGGAACAUACACCAUGUAUAUCAGAUGUAGCCUUGUCCUAUCCAAUCUUUGGUUGCUAGUAGGCUAGUACACCAUAUAUGUACAGUGUACAUGUACAUGAUAUGUAUGCCAGAUGUAGCCUGGUGCUAUUCGGUGAAAGGGAGCUUUGAGAGAGUUUGACUGCACCAUUCUUGUGUGGGUAUGCAGGUGCCAUAAACAACAGUAAUGCCGGUAGCUGCAGAUGGUUGGUGCAUUGCUUGACGGUGUGUUGGCGGUAUGUCAGUGUUGACGUUUAGACGGGCUGUGGACUGCUUAGGCUGUAAAAAGUCUCCAAUCAUGCCGCUGAAGAAAGGAAAGAAGAAGAAAAAGGGUGGAGCAAAGAAGAAGGUGAACAAGGCUGAGAAGGCAAAGGAGAAACUAGAGAAGGCAUGCGAGCUCAUGACCUCCCAGACUGACCUGUACCAGAACUUCCUGGAUCGGAUGGAUCGAUGGAUCGUGGCCAACAAGCACAAAGCUGUGGAACUCUUCAAGAGAUUUGAUAGGAAUGGAGAUGGAGUACUGACCUAUGAUGAAUUCAAAUCAGGAAUGCUGGACCUAGAUGCGCCUUGCAACGCCCUUGAACUGCAUGUACUAGCAAAGAGAUUAGACAAAGACAAAAACGAGACCAUUGAUUAUGUGGAAUUCUCUAAAGGACUGAGCUUCUGUACAGAUGAGGAGGAGACUGAUGGAACUGAAAAGCACCCUCCAUUAGAGAUAACCAAGGAGGUGUUGGAAGAGUGCCCAUCCUGUAAACUUGGCUUGUGGAAACCAUAUGCCGAGAAGUACCCUAAAUAUGUGUAUAUAUAUCUCAAGUUCGUGACCUUUGACAACCUGCGGUCCUACCCAGGCCAUUUCAGUGUGAUCGUCCACUCCCACUUGACUGUCUUCGGCCUGCUGGAGAUCAUCAAAGAGCGGACCGACUUGGGCACCACCAAACUCCGCAUCUUCUCAGACAAGUCCCGUGAUGCCUCGUGCCUGCUCCUGCCGGACAAGACCCUGGAGCAGUGUGGCAUCCAGGGUGGGACGCGCUCCAAGCCAGAGGAGACGGUCCUGUAUUAUGAUUACUCCACCGAAUUCCACGACUGCCCCUUACUCAUGUCGGAUCACUACUUUAUGUCAUAGCCCCUGUCAGUAGACCAACAGUUGUCCCAUCAUUGCCAGUGGGGCUCAAGCACUAAGUAAAGUGAAAUGGGGAAAUUUACUGUUGUAUUUCGACACGUCCUGAUGAUUUUGCCCUGACUUGAAGCACCCCCUCAACGGCGAAGAGGGGACAGGUUGGUGAGAAUCAUUUCAUGUGGGUAUUCAUUGCAGACGCAGAGACAGUUUAUUCCAACACUCAUAUGGUUACACGUGCUCAGUGUGUCCUACGCACUUUUAUGCUAAUGAGUAUUUCCAUAUUCAUAAGCAAAACUGUACUGUCAUCCCAAGAAGAAAGCCAAACUGUUGCAUUGGUUUUUAUACAAAAAACAUACACUUUGUAGAUUUUGCUGGACAAAGUUUUUCUUCUUUGCUGAUUCAUUGUUGUUUAUGUCACAGCAAUAAGUGAACACCAAAGCUUUUCCAAGAAAUGUUUUCAGUAAGUAAAUUUUGGGUUCACGGUUUUGAAAGGAAAACCUGUGCAGUGAGCUACGUCUUCCCUGGAUGACAUCAUAGCAACAGUGCCCUCAUCAUCCGUCCAAGAAAGCAUGGAUGAUUUUAAGUGUUCAAAAAAGUGCACUUUUCAGUGCAUUUAGCCAAAUGGGAGUGUACGAGUAAAGAGUGUUCAUACAUUGAAGAAGAGUACAGAAUUGCAGAAAAAUUGUGUCAAUGAAAAAUUCAUUACGGCUACAUUUAAUUGAGUUCCUACCAUAGGACCACUGUUGCUACUGUAUGUGGAAGUAUGUACGGCAUUGCUGAUCCUGCAGAAAGCGGAUCACUUUCGGUCCAAAUAAAGGGCUGAACAUGCUUGGCCAUGUGGUACAGAUGACAUGCAUGGCUGACCUGCAAAGGACUCGAAGAUAUUUCUGCUGACUGUACUUUUGAGCACUCAAUAGUAAUUGCUUGUAAUGUUGGACAUUACGUUUAACACCCAAGUGACUCAUGGCACCUGAGGCAAGGCCAAGGGUGCUCUGUCUCUGCUGUAUACCUCUGUCCCGAAUUCUGUGUAAUAUUUUCCUCACCUGAAGGUGUCCAAUUUAAUAAGAAUGACUUAAUGAUGAAUAUGUUGGUGUGCUGCAUGCUGCAGAGCAAGUUUGAUCGGCUUGUGUUGGUUACACGUCUUGCUCGAGAGCAAUAACAUUACAGUUUAGAAGAAUAGACGUAAGACGUCAGAAACUUUAUAAUCAAAAACGAACUUCAAAUAAACUUCAAUAAUUGCAGUGUUCCAUUGACCUGUCAUCGGAUUGCAGUGCCAGUUCAUUUCUCCCACAAGAGUUAUCAACUGUACGGUUGCAAAUAGCAGAGGUACCAACGAAUAGCACAGUUAAGUGGUCCCGCCAUGCAUUUUGUUCUUCAUUUGGUAGGGACUGGUCUGAUGAUUCGACGUUGUGAUGUCCAGUAGUUAGGGUAACAUGUGUGUUUGUUUCCUGAUUACGUGACUGCACUGGACCAAAGAAAAUACAUUAUUCAAGACAGGUAUGACAAUUUAAGUUCUUAACGCUCUUCGCAAGGUUGAUGGUGACUUUCUUGAGAAGGCAUUGUGUUUGACAGUGUGAGGGAGUUUGAAAAUUAUUCCUUAAAAGGGAAGAUAAGAGAUAAUCACAAGGUUGACCCUGCGACCAUUUUGACACUAUUUCCACAUUAGCUUGUAUGUAUUUAAUGUAGCCCGAAGUUGGACCAAGACAGGGCAUAGUUCUUCAAGCAACUGAUGCGGGGGUGCUUCUGCUCAAAGCGGAUGACAUUUCCAGUUUAGCAUGUUUCCGGUUAAUUUAUUUGAUUUUUUUAAUUAUUUUAAUUUUUAUGGUUGAAAUUUUUUAAAUACCUGUAUAAAGCUUGAAAUAAUUUUGAAUACAGGAAGUUAUUUUGUGGAAAGGACAACCAAGUCAAUUUUUCUUAUACCUUUUAAAGAAUAGGCUCAUAAAAACAGUUACUGAUUAUUGAUCAAUUAUCGAAUAACCAAUUUUUGAACAUUUGGGUAGAGCUGAUAAAUUCUUGGCCCGAUUUGAGCCAAAGAUUGUAUCGCGCUCAAGUGGUGAAGCUAGGAUUUUACUGGGUGGCACAAAGGGGGCACCAGCUUUUAGUAGUGAGGUUUUCAGGGGUAAGCUUUCAGUAGCCUUAUUCAAUAUGUAUGUAUCAUCCAUGUAUUUAGUGUGGGGGGCACGUGCCCCCCAUAAAGCUGUAGCACACCUUGGCUGAAAUACGGUCACGUGUGGUUCACUAAUAUGGGCGAGUACAUGAAUUGGCGUCAGCGUGACUCCACACGCGGCUAGACAUUGCAGGUGUAUCAAUUCCAGAGAUUAGUGCCCGGUUAGGCACUAGUCUUGAACAUUUUUGACUGAUUAUUGCGCCCUUUGGAGGUUGUCCUGAAUUGAAACAGUUCAAACUCUGGAAGAUUUCUUUUCUUAGUUCUAUACAAGCGACUAAAAAUUAGACUGCGUUUAUAAAAACUAAAAUUAAACUUCAGUUUUUGGGCAGGUUUUGAAGUGUGAUUGCAAGUUGAAUUUAAACAGAUAAAACCGUCAAAGUAUAUUUUUCUAGUUUACGGUGUGUUGUAAAACAUCGGCUGGCCAAAUUCGGUCACUAUAGCGGGCGCCCAUGUUCCCCUGGGGACAUAGACGUGCACUAGUGACCUCACUGCCAGUCCAUAUGUGUAAAAUAGAGCUCUGUGAGAUAGACUCGAGUUAGUUGAUUUGGACCCUCUUCGCAAAUUUUAUGAAUCGUUUCUGGACUUGUAACUAUUGUGGCUUUCCCUGGCCUUGUAAAAUUGACUUGCUACUAUCUCUGCGGCUCAUAGCGUAAACCUGUUGGUGACGUGAUAAUAAUAAUACAAAUAUGGACUUUUUUAUAGUAAAACUUGCCUCUAUCGGUGAUCCAUGGAGCAUUUUUUGUGUGAAGCAAUAGAAUGCUCCAUGAAUCACUUCGGGAGGCCAGUUUAACUCGAAGCAGUCAAUAUUUGUUUAUAACCUGUAUUGAACACAGAGAUUGUGUGAUUGUCAUGUCAGCGCC